UGUUGUUUUCUGUCUUUUGAACACCAAAAUCUUUGAAAGCUUGAAUUUCAGGUCUUUGGUCACUGUGGGCUUGCUUCUUUCUAACAGGUUUAUCUUCGGAAUAAUAAUAAUAAUAAUAAUAAUAAUAAUAAUAAUAAUAAUAAUAAUAAUAAUAAUAAUAAUAAUAAUAAUAAUAAUAAUAUUGUCUUUAGAAAGCUUGCAUUUUAAGCCAGUGGCACCUGUGGUGGGCUGGUUCCAUAUUAAUAGUUUUUCAUCUGCUUAAUAAUAAUAAUAAUAAUAAUAAUAAUAAUAAUAAUAAUAAUAAUAAUAAUAAUAAUGACUGAAGGGAUAAAGCUACCAGAUGGGAACAACAUCAAACACAUAGAUGAGACCGGAUACAAAUACCUGGGAAUAAUAGAAGGAGGGGAUAUAAAACACCUAAAGAUGAAGGACACGAUCAGGAAAGAAUAUAUGCAGAUACUCAAGGCGAUACUCAAGUCAAAACUCAACGCCGGAAAUAUGAUAAAAGCCAUAAACACAUGGGCAGUGCCAGUAAUCAGAUACAGCGCAGGAAUAGUGAAAUGGACGAAGACAGAACUCCGCAACAUAGACCAGAAAACUAGGAAACAUAUGACAAUACACAAAGCACUACACCCGAGAGAAAAUACGGACAGACUAUACAUAACACCAAAGGAAGGAGGGAGAGGACUACCAAGCAUAGAGGACUGCGUCAACAUCGAGAACAGAGCACUGGGGCAAUAUCUGAAAACCAGUGAAGACGAGUGGCUCAAGAGUGCAUGGGAAGAAGGACUGACAAAAGUAGACGAAGACCCACAAAUAUACAGAGACAGGAGAAUGACAAAUAAAAAAGAGGAAUGGCACAACAAACCAAUGCACGGACAAUACAUGAGACACACUAAAGAACUGGCCAGCGAUGACACAUGGCAAUGGCUACAGAGGGGAGAGCUAAAGAAGGAAACUGAAGGAAUGAUAACAGCGGCAGAAGAUCAGGCCCUAAGAACCAGAUAUGUUCAAAGAACGAUAGAUGGUAAUAACAUCUCUCCCAUAUGUAGGAAGUGCAAUACGAAAAUUACCAUAAACCACAUAGCAAGCGAAUGUCCGGCACUAGCACAGAACCAGUACAAAAAGAGGCAUGAUUCAGUGGCAAAAACCCUCCACUGGAGCCUGUGUAAGAAACACCACCUACCUUGCAGUAAUAAGUGGUACGAGCACCAACCUGAAGGAGUGAUAGAAAACGAUCAGGCAAAGAUCCUCUGGGACUAUGGUAUCAGAAUAGAUAGGGUGAUACGUGCAAAUAGACCAGACGUGACGUUGAUUGACAAAAUCAAGAGGAAAAUAUCACUCAUUGAUGUCGCAAUACCAUGGGACACCGGAGUUGAAGAGAAAGAAAAGGAAAAAAUGGAUAAGUAUCAAGACCUGAAAAUAAAGAUAAGAAGGAUAUGUGAUAUGCCAGUGGAAAUUGUACCCAUAAUCAUAAGAACACUAAGCACGAUCCCAAGAUCCCUGAAAAGGUAUCUGGAAAAGCUAGAGGCUGAAGUAGCUCCAGGACUAAUGCAGAAUAGUGUGAUCCUAGAAACGGCGAACAUAGUAAGAAGAGUGAUGGACUCUUAUGGAGGCCGGAUGCAACCCGGAACCCCACACUAUAAAUACCACCCAGUCGAAUUGGAGGAAUGUGAUAAACAAAAUAAAAAAAUAUAAUAAUAAUAAUAUGCUUGUAGAGAUGUGACGUUGAUUGACAAAAUUAAGAAGAAAGUAUCACUCAUUGAUGUCGCAAUACCAUGGGACACCAGAGUUGAAGAGAAAGAGAGGGAAAAAAUGGAUAAGUAUCAAGAACUGAAAAUAGAAAUAAGAAGGAUAUGGGAUAUGCCAGUGGAAAUUGUACCCAUAAUCAUAGGAACACUAAGCACGAUCCCAAGAUCCCUGAAAAGGAAUCUGGAAAAACUAGAGGCUGAAGUAGCUCCAGGACUCAUGCAGAAGAGUGUGAUCCUAGAAACGGCUUACAUAGUAAGAAAAGUGAUGGACUCCUAAGGAGGCAGGAUGCAACCCGGAACUCCACACUAUAUAUACCACCCAGUCGAAUUGGAGGACUGUGAUAGACCAAAAAAAAAAAUAAAUAAAUAAAAAAUAAAAAAGAAUAAUAAUAAUGAUAAUACACUAUAAUUCACAAAGGGCAGGUUCUAAAUUUUAACUUUUUCAGAGGGUGGCCCAAAACCAAACUUUCCUUAGGUUUGUCCACCUGAUUAUGCUCCUGCCUGUUGAAGCAAUAACCAGACCUACAGUAAUUACUGUGAAUUAAAUGCAACUGUGUGUGAAGAUCUCUCUAUCACGAAGGAGUCUGAUAGCGAAUGUAGUAUAAAGCUAAAAAUACUAUCCUUUACCAUCCUUAUUUUACAGGAAAUGUUGUUUCGUGGUGUUUGGAAAAAUUUGUUGAGUACAUUAAUUCACUAUAAGCAUAUAUGAUAAGAUUGUGGUAUACAGGUAUUUUGGGGGCGAUAUUUCCUACGAUCGUGAGGUGAGAAGCGGCUGGAAUGUAUGUAUGAAGGGGCUGUUGAAGUUUCUCCAAUACAGAGGUGAAGUGUGGAGGAUGAAUGUGAACGAAAGAAGCAAUAGUAGCUCUACAGGCUAAUUUCCCUUUAGAGAUCUCAAGUGUUGUUUAUACAGUUUGUCAUACAGGUUUUUAGCUGAAGAUUUAGAGAGAGAGAGAGAGAGAGAGAGAGAGAGAGAGAGAGAGA